AUGCAGGACAAAAUGGCUGCCCCAAACAAAAUGACAGAUACGAGAACAGAAUUAGCCGAACUGAUCAAGAAAAGGGCAGAAAUUGCGGUAGGUUUCCUUAAAAUUUCGUCUUACAUCUCUUUUGAUGGCUUGAAUACCUCAAUUAUCGCUUUUAAUUAUAUUUUAUGUCUAAAUUUGUUAAAAAGGUCAAACGGUAGCAGAUUCCAUGACGUCAGCGAAACAAACAUUUGACCGCCAAAUACGUGCUUCCUUGAAAUGAUCGCCGAUCGAAUCUUCCAUUUUAGGAAACUGUCAUGAACUUUUUUUUUUGUACCUUCCCUGGUCUCGGGGUUUUGUUAUUUGUUACAGAUGUAUGUUUUAAUUUGUAGUUGUUUUUCGGCCUGUUUGUUUAGAGAUUUCCAAUUUUGAUCAUCAUACAAACUAACCGGUCAUGUUGAAACGCAGACCAUGCAGACUGCAGACUGUGCAGACUGAGUGUUAUUUUUUUACUUGUACCUCAAUUUUCUAGUAAAAUUUUUACUAUAGUCUGCACUGUGCAUCACCAUCAUAGGUUGCACUGAUGUGUACCUGCAAGGGUCAUGGGUAGGAAAUGAGAAAAUCAUGGGCUCAUGUUUACCGGCAGAUGUAAAAGCAGUUUGGGAGGAAGCGAGAAAAAUAGAGGGACUGUAAUAUUUCACGCCUUUACCAUUCAUUAAUUAAAAACUCCGCUGGCGAUGAAAAACAUGCCAGACACAUUUAGCAUCGAUUCGUGUGUUUACAAAUAUCUCCUUUCGAAACAGUGAUUUUGUAAUGUUUCUAGGCCAUUCCUACAAAUAAUAUCGGCAAAGAGGCACGAAACAUUUUCCCAAUCGAAUCGCUAAGUAUGCUCGCUUGACCAUAGAUGGAGGAAGGUAAAAAGCUGGUCAUUUUUUUGUCGGCGUUCGUUAAAUUUCUUUCUGUAACUGUAUUAUAUUGCCACGAUUAUUUAUUCGUUUAGUAGAAGAAGCUUUUUCAGGUUAAGUGACUUAAAACCCUUUUCGGCUGCCUAAAACGGCUACAAGAGAGACAUUUCCUCAAUUUCCUUGAUUGUUGUUGAUCGUCUUUGGUUUCACUCUGUAAUUCAAUCCGGUGACUUGCUGGCGUCAUUUAUUCAAAUCUUACAGAUACCGAUGUCAUCGUUGUUAGCUCGGGAUAUAAAACCAAGACGUUUGAGAGAUGGGCCUUGCUGUAAAAUGUGUAAAUAAAUCAACAGUAUAUUUCCCUAAAAAUAAAUAUUCUGAUUUCCACGUGUUUGGCGGUUCCGUAAGCGUCAGAAUUAAGAGAAGAAGGGCAGCGACUUGCACUUCUCACCGGUAAUAUUCAAUGAAAAUUAAGACAAAAUAUAAAACCCCCUCCACAUCUUCAGUUCUACAAAUAAUACAUUUGUUUCUAAUGAACUAUUUAGUUUUGGAGCUGCAUAAACAAGAACCAUGAUACUCGAACAAGAUUGUCGGUUUCAAACCACAACCACUUAUUGGCGUGAAUGCAUGGAGCAAAUACAAUAAUUGUCGAUCCCCGAGUGAAAAGUUUUACUAUAUUAGAUUUAUUAUUUUAUUAUUAUUUUAAUGUAACUUGUAAGGCGCAUUUGAAUAUAUUCAUAUAGAUAUUUGCGCCGAAUAAGUAAUAAAUUAUUAUUAUUAUUAUUAUUAUGAAAACCCGCCCAGAAGGACACUCUUGAGAAUCGAAUAAAAAAAAUACAUAAACAAAAGUCUUACCCGAAUCUUAGGAGCUAACAAUGAUGACAUCGGUAUCUGUAAGAUUUGAAGAAAUGACGGCAAGUCACUGGUUUGAAUUACAGAGUGAAACCAAAGACGAUCAUCAACAAUCAAGGAAAUUGAGGACAUGCCUCUCUCGAAGCGGUUGUAGGAAGCCGAAAAGGGUUUUAUUUUAAGUCACUUAACCUGAAAAAGCUUCUUCUACUAAAAAAGUUUAAAUAAUCGCGGCAAUAUAAUACAGUUACAGAAAGAAACAGCUUACCUUCCUGGUAGAAAAUUAAGGUACAUUUAAAAAAAAAUAACACUCAGUCUGCACAGUCUGCGUGGUCUGCACAGUCUGCAUGGUCUGCACAGUCUGCAGUCUGCAGUCUGCAUGGUCUGCGUUUCAACAUGACUGCAAACUAACCGUCUCAAUUUCCCGCCAUCUCGAAUCAUCCAAUAAUUCUAACCACAAUUCCCUUCCCUUUGUCAGUCAGAAACUGUAAAAGCUCACUCAUGUUUGGUGAGUUUUGAUCUGAAACAUAAUGUUGACACAGUUAGUGUAAGAAACUGUUCCUUCAGCAGUCUGCUGUGGUACUGAUCAGCUGGUCUUUUUAGUGUAAUCUGCUUGUAGAAUUCCUGCCUUGUGAAAUUUCAAUUUCCCUGUCUUCUCUGCUGUUGUUAGCACAUUACCAAGACUAACUGGUAUGAGUUUUUAUCUUCUUGUGAUAGGAAAGUCUGGCAAACCUUGAACGUCAGAUAUAUGCAUUCGAAGGAAGCUAUUUAGAGGACACACAGCUGUAUGGAAACAUCAUCAGGGGAUGGGACAGACUUUUAACAAAUAAGUAAGUCAAACUGGUUUAAUAAUAUUAUACUCUGGAUUAUAGCAUUUUGGUACGGUACACAUAAUUGCCAAAUAAUUGUUCAACGCUUAAUCAACAAAUUGACUUGAUGCUGUAUUUACAUGUUAGUUCAUAUCCUAUCCAGAGCUUAGACACAGUUUACCAUCUUCAGUUUUACUGAGUCACUGAAAAGAUGACCUUCUGUAGAUGCUUUCCUUUCUGCAAGUAUUUGCACAUUUUUAAAAGCUGUUGUUUUGUUUACAUAUUCAAAUUUAUCUGCCUCUCUACAGCCCUCUAACAUUUCUCUGUUGAAUUUAGUAUAAAGUAUUUGAUGUUACAUAAUAUUGUACAUGGUGAAAAGAGUAAUAAAAUUUCCCACCCAUCAAUGUAUUAUAAUAAGAAAUAUUAUAUUGUGGCAGUUACUUACUCACUGCCCGCAAUGCCCACUGGCAUGAAGGGCAGCAAUUAAGGUCCUCCACUCCUGUCUAGCUGUUCUGGGCCAGCUUGCAGAUGGUACCCCAGGUGUGGUUUAGGGUCUUCAUCUCUCCCUCUACCAUUCAUUGUCAGGUGUUUCCUCUCUUACGCUUGGCUUCUGGUGUCUAGUAUAGGGCUGUGCAGCAGUUGACUACGAUAAUAGUAGAUAUAUAAUUAUUAUAAUUAUCUGGUCAUUGUGCAAAGCAUAUUUUAAUCAUAAGAGCUUCUACAUUGAGAGAGCUGGAUGUUGUCAAAACCAGGUGCAGUACAUUAUUAUCAUUACCAUUUUGUAUUUUUACAGAACGACAAACACAAAAGUUGAAAGAAGAAACAGAAAAUUUAAAGAUGCCGAGAGGCUUUUCUCAAAAUCAUCAAUUACAUCGCAUGCUGUAAGUAUAAUAAUACAUCAAUGCCCUCAUAUCCUGCCGUAGAAUGAAAAUGCCUUGAUAAUCACCUUGCUUUCGCAGCAAAAGUGCUAAUGUGUUCUGUGGUUCAGUAUACAGUGUUUCUUCAAAACAAUGUAUAAUAAAACAAUAAUUAUUAUCAUCAUUAGAUUUGGUUUUUGUGAUGUCCAGAAUAAUCAAGAUCAAGGUAAGUGUUACCAGCCAAGCCGAAGGCCAAGGCUGAUAACACUUACUGUGACCUUGAUAAGGUAUUCCAGAUAUCCCAAAAACCGAAGCCUGAUCAUUCUGUGAUGGAUGCAUGUAUGUCAGUUUGUCCCCAUUUUUAUUUUCUUGAUUAACUCUCAACCUGUGCCGUUCCCCAACGGUGACCACUUAAUACAGGUUUGACAAUACAUUAGUUUGGUAAUGACAAGACAUGUACCAUUCAAACAUCACCUGUAGAAGAUGAAUAACCCAAAUUUCAUCCUCGAAUUGACUUAUACUGGCUUCACUUUAUUUGAUCCAUGAGUCACUUUUUAAGUACAGUCUUUUGGUAGUAUCUACAAGCAAAUAAAAAAAACCCCCCCCCCCCCUUUUUAGUGCCUUUAAACUACCCUGUAACAAUGCACCUUGUGAAAACUCUCCCUGCAGUUUUCAUUUAAAUUCUCAUACUGCAUGAGUUUAUCGACUGACUUGAAAGUUACAACUGCCAUAUGUAUACAUGAAAUUUAUUUAACUGUUGGCAUUGGGAGAGUUUUAAUGUUGUAAUAAUGUUUUUUUGUGGGUUUGUGUUCAGGCCAUAGCGGCUGGUGGUGGACUCACAGAGCCUCUUCCUGAAAAGAGUAAGUUAUAGGCUAAAAAUUUAUAAUGAAAGAAAUUACAGAGUAGCACUGACAUCUUUCCUUGUAGAAAAGCCCAUCAAAUCUUUCAUCCAAAUAUGCUGUGGGUAAAAUCUGUGUACAUACUCUGAUUUAGAGUUAGCCCUUACCUGAUUAACCUGAUGAAGGAUUUAAUCUGCAACGGUUAUUCAUGUAAAAUAUAUUAUAUGGUUAAACCUGUCAAGUAUAAAGUUGAGUGUCAUGUGCAAGCACGCUCAAAUUAUCUUCAUAUUUCAACUUGUUCUUCAUGACUUUCCUUGGCUUAAUUUGCAUUUCGUUCUCUUUGUUGAAGAAAAAUUAGAAUCUGACAGUGAGGUAAGAGGAUAAAAAAUUAUUGCUUUUCCCACACGAGAAUAAGCUGUUUUCUCAUUAGUUUUUAAAAUUAAAAAAUGUCAAAACAAAAUUGUUGGUUGUUAAAGGUGGAUGGUUGCUUGCUUUAGCUUUUGACCAAUUUAAGUUCAUUCUUUCUUUUUCUGUCUCUGUUUUACUGUAGAAGAGCCUACUCACUCAGACCAGAUUCAUCACCAACAUGGUCAUAUUGGAAGAGUUCACAAAGGUAUAGUUUAGAGUAACAUUACAAUCACAUUAUAAAGGACAGUUAUUGUGCAGCAAUUGGAAAAUCACAGCAGAUGUGUUGAAAGAAGAAUAAUUGCUAUUCUUUGGUUGGAGCUGCUCCAUCAGAAUCAUUUUCAAGUACAAACUAAUUCAAAGAAACCAGUUGAAAAAAGUGCGAGCGCUUCUGUAUAUUUGAGAGGUCAAUUUACUUUUAUAAACUUUUUCAAGUGCAAGUUACAAGUGUAACAGUUGUAUACUGUCACUUGCAAACUAAAUUGACCCCAGGUCUUGGUUGAGUUUUAACUUGAUUAUGCAAAUCACAAGGGUAGUUUAACCGAGGUUAGUAUUAUCAAUCAAUCAAUCAAUCAAUCAAUCAAGUGUCUCCAGAUACACAUGAGAAUUUUCCAAAGGCUUUACCAUGCAUGCAUGCAUCCAAGUUUAGCUUUUUUGCAUUGUACUUGAGUCUGGCUGCUCUGUGAACCAGACAUCACUAAAAAGGGACCAAAUCUUAUACCAUUGUGCCAGCUGUUCAUCUUCAUUCCGUUCAUAUAGAUCAGUUCAUCGUAUCAUGUUUUAAACUUAUCUUGCUUGGUGAGACAAUCUUACAAUGAUUGUAUUCAACAAAAUCCCAUGCAGAUACAAUAUCAGACAUAGAUAAAGCCCUUGAGGGGGUACUCCGGAUUCUCAAGUGUCGAGGAUGAUAGAAGGAUUUUUGGGGUUUGAAAUUUCAAUUCCGAGAUAUUUUUGGGUAGGAAAAUUUGGCAAGUAUUUUUUGGGUGGCCUGAUUUAAGUAGGGAUUUUUUGGGUCUUCAAAACAAUAUGAAGAUUCAUGAUAACUUCAGAUAGUAUGAUGAAUACACAAACAGAGACAUUCAAUUUCUAAUGUUUCUAUUUUUAAUGCCAUAUCAUUUAAUGCUUUCUGAAAAUUUUUAAGGUUAGGAAAGUCAGCAUGGGAUUUUUUUGGAGUUGAUUUUUGACGCAAACAUUUGUUGGGGUUGGAAGGCCUAAGAAUUUUUUGGGGUUUUGGUUUUUGUCCCAAUUUGGCCAUCCCCAUCACUUGAAAUAUGGAGCACCCCCUGGGGAUAAAGCAUUGCAUGUAUAAACUUAAUCACUGAUGCUUGACUGAAAUUCUUCAAACGUACUUUAUCCCAGAAUGUUUUUUUGUGCAGGUGAGAAAUAAACCUACAAAUAAAUAAAAAGAUAAACAGACUCAAAACGCACGGAUAAAUUGGUCAUCGGAGAGCACAGAAAGCAGUGUUGUUUAUUUGCAUUUUUCUACGAAGUUUGUGCGCAACCGGUAUAUUAUCAAGUGACCUAAUGAUGUAGUAACACUGAGAAAGGUUAAGCAGAAUCACCAGUUCAGCAAUUAAACCUGGAUGAAACUGGUCUUUGGAAACAACUCUAAAUUUCAUUCAUAGAAAUAAACCUAGUUAACCUCUUUUAACCAGGUUGUUUUUAAAAGUAUUUGUGACCAGGUUAUCAAAAAAUAACUCAGUUAACUAAAAAGACUAUGCCUGCUAUGUUUUGGUGAAUCCCAAUUUAUCUGCAAAAAACAAAGAACUCAGUUGUUGUUCAUUGCUGUAAAGAAGCAGCUGCAUAAGGGACAAGGCCGUUACUUGCUGCUUGACUAGCCUGUUCCAGGCUCCGAGAUGGUGGUGGAAAGUUGUUCAGUAAAACCGAGAUGGUGGUGGAAAGUCGUUCAGUAAUAAGAAAUGCGAAAAACGCGCGAAGGCUGGGGAGAGACAGGGUGGCGGAGCCUGUAUGCAUUUUUUUAACGGCCUGUUCCGGUAUAUCAGCUCCUGAUAUACCCUCUGAUUGGUCAAUUGUGACAGUUAACAUCAUCACCUAGUAGCGUGGUCAUUAGUUUGUCGUCACCAAGAUGGCUAACGCGAAUCGCGCGUGUAAUCUUCAUGAAUCGGCGUUGUCUUGUGUUUUAGAAGAGUGUCUGCGACUUGGCUCGCGGUAAAGAUGUUUUCGGUAUUAUGCCCACCGGUUGCGGCAAAAGUUUAAUCUUUCAGCUAUUCCCACGCUUGGCUAAAGCUGCUCUAAUCCUAGAAAACUCUGCGAUAAUAGUCGUUUCGCCGCUAAUAUCUAUAAUGCGAGACCAAGUGGAACAACUGAAAAAGCUUGGAUGUCCGGUCGCAAGUAUUUGGCAUUGGUGAAUAGGGAAAGGAGGGCACGAAGAAAGCGAGAGAAGGAAAGUGCGAAAUUACUUUCGGUAAUCCGGAGUCCUGGUUGAUCACAAAGUGCCAAUAACAAAACAGUCCAAAGACUGUUAAGCUUAAUAUUCCGCUAUUACCAAGGGAGAAACUACGUGCUCCAGUCAAAAGACUCACACUAUUUUCAGAGAAACACUAUCAAGCUGGAGUUUACUAAGUCACAAUGCAAUUCUCCUUAUUUGAUGUAGCUUAAGUUUAAGCUGCACUUCAUUCUUAUAAUUCUGGAUCUGUAAAUCACUAUCCGUGAUAAUUUAACAUUCUGCAAAGAAAACUAAUGAGCUGAGCCCAGCGUGAUACAACAUUGCCGAAAAAUAUAUGGACUAAAGAAAAUCACUUACUUAGUCAGAUCCAGAAGGCACUUUGGAGAAAAUUAAAACCCUUAUUCAGCCGCAAUAAAAAGCUUUAGGCUUCUAAUUAGAGGUCAAAGAAAAUGCUCUCUCAUCAGAGGGCAAAUCCUGCCAACCAGAAACAAACGCCGUAGUAAAUCGAUAUGUGUGCCAUGACCUCUCAGUGUGAAACAAGCGGCUAAAGUCACAUUUGCUCAGUGACAAUGUGGAACCUUCCAGAGCAUAACCUCAGUACCCAUCAGAGGAAAAAACUUACUGCCCCCUUUUAUUGCUGUAAACUAGAGCCAAAAAAAUGGAUGCUCUCACAGGAUAACGAAUUCGAAGACAUAAAUUUCCACACAUCGCACAAGGAGUUCGCGUCGUGUGCAAUGCUCACGCGAAAAACUUGAGAAUGAUUGUAGCUAACUGAAGUGUUAACAGUUUUGAGAGCCGAAUCCAGACGUGACAAAAAUGGGCGGAAGAGGGUCGUUAAAGAAAUGCUAACAGGCUCUCUCUCCCAUUUUUCCCGCCGCCACUGCCCCCUUUCCCAAGUCGUGCGCGUCUUAUUUUUGCUUUGCUCGUUUUAAUACGUUCCCACUGUACUAUCUGACAGCCUGGCACAGGCUACUGCUUGACUUGUUUGCAAGUACACAUUUACCUAUACUAACUCAAUUUUCAUUCAUUUCAUUAUGGCUGUUUGGAUGGAAUGCUUGAUGAGUGUCACUUUUGUAAUAGACCUUUUUACUGAUACGGCGGCCAUAUUGAAUUAAUUCGAUUUAAGGAGUAUUAUAGGACGCCCAGAGGCCAUGAGCACAUUUCGUUUGUAUUUUUGAGCGCUUUUCGUGACAUUUUUUCUUAAAGUUUUCUUAGAAUAAGAUUGUAAUGGGAAAAAAGAUCCUUGUGGCGUGUUUGGAUGUAAUAAUGAUCGCCUUUUUCCCGAGAAAUACACAGUGAAAGACCAUAUUUCUAAUACUAAACUAGAAAAAGGCGAUCAUUAUUACAUUCAGACACGGCACAAGGAUCUUUUUUCCCAUUACAAUCUUAUUCUUAGAAAACUUUAAGAAAAAAUGUCCCGAAAAGCGCUCGAAAAUACAAACAAAAUGUGCUCAUGCCCCCUGGGCAUCCUAUAAUACUCCUUAAAAUGAAUUAAUUCAAUAUGGCCGCCAUAUCGGUAAAAAGGUCUAUUGGCUGGAUUUCGAGUGAAAAAAAAAAAAAAACGUUGUGAUUUUAAGUACUAAAGUUGAUUUAUUUUUCAAUAAUUCAAGGAUCCCACAAGAAAAGGAAGCACAAGAGGCACAGGUAACAAACAGUAGAUUGUAAACUUACUUCAUUUUUAUUUUAGGGAGAGUUACAUGUGUAACUUUUUAAAGGAGAGGUGUUUUUUAGAGUUCUGGUGAAAAACCAAAUUUCUACAUUCCUCUUCUUUUUGUUUGAAAUGACUCCCCUCCUCUCACUUUCAUCAUUACCAAAUAAUGUAAAGCACGUAAAUGUAGAUUAAGUAAUAUUUUAGAUCUACCGAGGAUGGAAAGUGCAGGUGAACCUCCAGUAAUGUGAAGAUGUGUGGUUUUCAAGCUGUCACCUAAGACAACAAGUCAAGGCAGUGGUGGCUUACAAGAUGUUAAAUACAAUGGAAAAUGAUAAAAAUGGCAGCUCAAAAAGUAGUCUUGGUCACUUUUAAGAGGUGAUCACUCUCCAAAAGUCAGAACUGGCUGGCCAGAUUGGUCAUUUUGAAAAUGAAGUAUUAAGCCAUGUGAAGACUGACCCAACAUUGUUGGCAAACAGCUACUAACAGUGUUGGAUGUUACAUGUUGUGUCUGUUUGCACACCCUGUUGAAUGUUGUUGCAUGUUUUUGCGUGUUGUUAAGUUUGAAACUAGUCAAACUUUUAGCUACUUGCAAACAGCAAAAAAACUCCCAACAUGUUGGGAGUUGUCCCGCCCAUUUGCACGUACAUGUAGCUUUAGUUUUUUCCCUUUUUUUAACUAAAACCUGUUACUUCCGUGGACACCAUUUAGAAAUGAAGUGAUCUGGCUGGAUAGUCUUGAUAAAUAGUAGAAUUCUCCUUAUGAUUGGACAGGUCUGGCCAGCCAGUUCUGACCAGUGGUAGGCACUCUUAGAUACCAAAGGGGCGGGUAACUAGGGUUGCCUGUAGGCAUGCUCUCUUGGAGUCAUUAAAUUGGAUUUACAGUAAGAAAGAUUGGGUCCUUGACCCUAGGUCUUAGUUUUCAAGUGUUCUUUAAUAUCUUAAUAUGUACCAAUCCAGGAAUAUGUUGUUUGCCUUUUUUGUUAGGAUUGAAUUAAGAGUGAAGAAAGCCGGUCACAGGUCUAGGGAACCCAGCUUUGGAGAGGUAUUGUCUACUGUAAUAUUAUCAUAAACAGAUGAAACUAAACUCUGGUUAAGUCCGUUGGCAAAAUAGUGCCAAAAUCCUUGUUCUCGCCCCCUACCCCUGUGUACCAAAAUGACCAUUUGUUUAAAAAGCCAUUGUUGAUUUGCCAGUCAGGUUGAAAGGAAAUUUAAAAUGCAUUUCCGGUAAGUUGUUGAGUCUGUUGGAGGCUCAGUACAAGGAUUUCGGCGCUGCCUCACAGACGUUACUAACUGGGUUAAAUUACAUCUGCAAGGCAGGCUAUGUCAUACGGUAAUAUUAAUAAUUAUUGAGUUGAGUGACCAUCAUUGCAAACAAUCCACAGGAUUUUUUUGGCAGAAUUUCUGGGGCAAUUGGGCUAAUUACAAUUUAUUAUAAUAUUUUUGCUGCUAACAUUAGCUUUGCAUUUCUUCAAGAAUUAUCAGUAAUUGAUAAAGCAAUUGUCAGGGGAGUUCUCUGGAUUCCAAGUGAUGGGAAUGAUCAAAGGUUUUUUUGUUGUUUUGUCUUUUUGUAAAAUAAUUUGGCAAAUAUUUUUUCUGUGUGGCUUGAUUCAAGUAGGGCGUUUUUGGGGGUAUUCAAAACAAUCUGAAGAUUCAUGGAGGUGCCCACAUUUUGGGGCAGCAUAGUUCAGCUUAAGAAGCCUUAUAAAGUAGAACCAUACUUGCUUUGUAAUUUCUUUUAUAUUUUACACAUUAAAUUGAUUGUAUCUCGCAAUACGUUUGCCAUAAAACCAGUUAUACAAUACUUUGGGGUGUAUCCAGCUUGAGGCUUCAAUUAAUUUUGUUGAUUUCUCAUCCACUCUGUUUAUUGGCCAACUUUGUUGUUACAGGAAUUCCUUUUUGCUUUGGGGAAUUCUCAGGCUUGGGCUUUCAUUAUGGGAGAUUUUGGCGGGCAAUUUUUUGUCCAGGGAUUUUUGGGGAUUUGUUGAAAGCCCUGGGGAUUUUGGGGGGUUUGGAUUUUUGUCUCCAUUUGAUCAUCCUGGUUGUUUGGAGUACACCCCCCUGGGGCUAUAUUAUCAAAGACUUUAUGUGUUGUUUCAUCCAGUAGUAGAAAAAUUGGAGGCAAUUUGAAAAAGCUUGAUUGGGCUUUAUUUCUUUAACCCCCUCCUCUGUGUCUGAAUAUUCAAUAACAAUAUUUUGCAUCUCGUGUUUGUUAUUAAUAAUAACAUGAAACUUGUUUUGAAAUUUUCUUUUUCCUUGCAAUGCUUUGUAGCUUUUUUGUAUCAAUGAAGACAUUGUUUUUGAAGUAUCAUGCCACACCCACCCCACUAGAGCAAAGCGUUUCACUGAAACGUGUCUUUUUUCCAUUUUUAGGAUGAACAUGAAGAUUAAGAGAAUUGUUGAACAAGAUUCACGUGAAAGAUUUUUUUUAGAACCAGACGUUAUCUGUAAUUUAUCUGUAAUAUUCAAGAGGGUUGUGGGUGGUUUCAAUAGCCAGUGAACAGUCAGUAGUAGAUAUAAGCAGGGCUCUAUUUCUCUGAUUAUUUUGUGUAGUCAUCUUCUGUUUGUAUAUAAACUGUUUUUUUUCUCACCUCACUUGUGUAAAAAGUUAUUAAUAACUGAUGUUAAUCCUUUAUAAAACCGUGUAUUUGAGUUAUUGUGUUUUUCUUUCUCCAGUCGAAAUUGCUGGUUAUAUCCAAUUUUUUUCGGUUAAUGCUUUAAUUGAGUUGUAAUGCUGGAUGUAAUUCUUAAGACUGAUCACCUUCUUAUGAAAUAGGAUAUAAUUAUAUAUAUAUAUAUAAACAAGGGCAGUUCCAAGAAUUUGUUAAUAGAAGAUUAGUAACUUUCUAACACAGUUGAAACUGUGUCCAAGUCGAGCUUUACAUGUAUGCAUGUAAUUUCUUCCCUUUCCCAACAUUACAUUAAUUAAUUUUUAACUAGGUAGACCAUGCAGAUGAAAUGAAGGCAUCUUAUUGCAGCUGGUGCUAAAUUUUUCAGAGGGGUGUUUAUCAGUGUUGUGAUAAGUAAGUUUCCCUUCCAGACUUGGCAGAUGUUUUUAUGUGCUCUUUUAAUGUUCAGUGUAGUCAUUAAGUACUGUUUAAUAAACUAGCCCGGGUAUUUCAUCAGUCAAGUUUGUUUGUUUGUUUUUUUCCUUGACCAGUGUUGAAAAGUCAUUUUUAUUCCGGUAAUCUCUAAGUUUUCAGACGAAUUUUUUUAAACACAAACACAUAAGUUAUGUAUAUAGCAGAUUUAAAAAGGAGAAACUUAUUAGACGGUUAUUUUGUAUGUAGAAUAAAUGGGUUUUUGAAUAAGUUUUUAAUGGGAAUUUCUGCAACGCCUGCUGUUCACCAAAUGCGUGAAGCUCUCAGCCUGUAAUCAACAUUAAUUUCAUUACCAGGCCACUAGAUCUUGUCGUUGCCACUCUUCAGUGGUAAGUAUUACACUAAUUUCGCCAUGGGUAAGAAAAAGACUGGGUCUCGUACUAAUUAGAAGUAAAUUAAUCACUUUAUAAAUUGAUUUUUUGUCAUAGAUGUAGAUUUGACCAUCCUUCAAUCGGCGACAAAAAUUGUUGAGACAUUGUACUCAAAUAGGGUGACUUCAGAGAACAAAACAACCCACAUCCCACCCCCCUUCCCUCCAUACAAAGUUGGGGUGUUUGUUGGUUUCUACAUGUAGCUCGUACAGCAGCACAACAUUGUGUGGAGGGGAUGGGGAAGGGAAAGCUUUAUUUUCCUGUUUUGAAGUCGGUAAAACGUCAGAAAGGCCCUUUAUUUAGGACAAAGUGUCUCAACUAAUUUUGUCUCCUGUUGUAGCUGGUUAUCAAGCUUUUCAUUUGAGUAGCGAGAGACUACUAACGCGGGUCAACCGAAUGGAUUGUCUCCUUCGUAGCGGCUGUAAAGGAGGUUACCACAUAGAGAGCUUGCCCGCAGGUUAAUGAAAUAGUGGGGAUGAUGCGUAACUGAACCGUUAUAUUUUCAUGUUCGGGCUUUCUCAAUUUCGCAGACCCGACUAUCUCGGGGCCUGAAAGAGGCUAGCAGGCUCAUGGCAGCCUGGAUCCCCCACCCGCCGUUUGGAUCUUCUUUUGUAGCACAUUGUUUGCGACAUUUGAUGCAUCAAUAUUAUAUAAAGGCAUAACCUACAUUGCAUCCAUGAUAACAUGAUAACAGGGGGUUUUACUUACAUGUCAAAGAAAGCUGGCAUGAGAAAAUUCGCGAUCAAUUGCUCACUAGCAGUCCAUCCCCGGCCUCUACCGAGCAUCAACAUAGUAAUGUACCCUUUUCACACUGUAUUCCUUGUAUGCUACUAGGGAGCUUGAGCUUAAGCGGCUAUACGCGUUUGUUGCAAACGAAUCCACCCUAUAAAAGGAGUUCUCACAUUUUCUGUUCAAAACAUUCGCAAAGUGCGCUGUCAUUUUGACACAUCAGGGGCACCCAACGACAAUUUUCGGAAAAUAUCUGUUCGGAAGACGAUUUGAGAUCUAGAAAUUUCGGAACAUUUGUUGUAAAAUUUCUUGCUUGCCUGCCUCUCCUAGGAUUUUCGAACAUCUAAAAAAUGGUAUAAUUGCCUAUUUUUAACGGAUUUUUACCCUAAAAAGGUCACCUAGAAUUUUCGGGAGCCUUUUUUCUGGCUGGAAUUUUCGGAAAGGUAAGUUUUGAUCCCUAUAAUUUUCGGAUCACUAGACUUUCAGCUAGGAAAUCCGAACAGAUGAAAAAUUUUUAGGGGAUAAAAAUAUGCCUAUAUCUACCGUUUAAAUACUAAAAUACGUUUAACAAUGCAAUGUUUAAGUGGUUUUGAACUAUAUUCUCGUUGGGUGCCCCUGACACAUGCACCCCGAAGUUAUAAAAUAAUGGCUUGCGCGAGGAGAUCAUAAUAGCGAUCUCUUGCUUGUACUUUUUUUCUUUUUGCAGAAUCAAUUAUUUACAAAUCACAAGGAAAUAUUGCAAUGUUAAAUAUAUACUGUUCUCAGAGAUCGUACAGAAGGGUUUAUCUUACGAUUAAUUUUAUAGCAUUAUGAAGUGAUGGCUUAUGAAAAAGUUUAUUUUAUCGUCGUGUCUUAUGGUAAAAGUUGAAAAACUCGAGAAAAUCAAAACAUUUUUCUUCGUGGUCCGUCAUAGUGAAAACUCUCAUAGCGCCAUGUUUUAUAUGACUUAUAUAACUGAUUUUCAUUAAUAUUGAAAGAAUGAUUGAUUGCUAAUACAUCCAUUAAUUCAAUAGGCCAUUUUUUCAUUGAACAUACUAUCAGUACUGCAUUAAAACUUCUUCUUGUAAGCCUUGGGCUUAAACAACUUCAUAAAACGGGUUUUAGGAGGGAUAACAAAUAACCGGAUCCGGGGCGGGGGCGGGCUUAUAACCGGAUGUAUUUUUUUGUUGUUUACAGGUCGAUGGUCUUCACGGCAGUACAACUGGGGAACUUGUAAGCGGAAGUUUACGGUAUCUAUUUUAGCCUCUGGGGUCGGGAGGGAGGGUAUAUGUUCAUUCGUUUAAAAAGACCAGAGGUGUUCUUUUCAUGGACUCUUUUUGCUGGCGCCACAGUAAGGCAAUUCCAGCUCUCUGAAGUAAACAAAUGACAAAUGUCAAGCCCCGUGCAAAAGGACGCAACAUACAGUCAACUCCCUUUAUAGCGGACACUGUAGGGACCUCAAGUUAGUGUCCUCAUUAGCGAGAGUCCGUAAUAGCGGGAGUUUAUUUCAGUCAAACGUCUGUAAUUUGGUUUUUCCUGGGAUUUAACUGCUGUCCGUUUUAUCGGGGUGUCCGUUAUAGCGAGGUGCCCGCAAGGCGAGAGUUGACUGUAAGACAAUUUUUUAAGCAUCACACGGCAAACGACAAACAUCAGAUUCUCAUUCAAGUUGAUAGUUUCUCAAAAAGACAGCUCAAAACAAUUCUUAUGGAUAAAAAAUUGCGUGAAACUACUAAUUUAUAUGUUGAACUAAUAUAAUGAACAGUAAACGAGAAACACUUGGUACAGAUUCUCUUUUGCCGUUUGACGUAAACGUGAUUCUUAGCCAACAACUAACAACAUUGUUGGAUGGUACAUAUUGCGUUCGUUUGCACACCCUGUUGCAUCUUGUUGCAUGUUUUUGGGAGUUGUUACGCAAAUUUUGAAAUCGGUCAAACUUCUAGCUACGUGAAAACCCAACAUUGUUGGCCAACAAUUGUUGGGAGUUGUUGGCUUGCGUCCGUUUGCAUGUAGCUCUACAAAUUCCCGACGAAUGCCCGGGAAGGGGAGUGGUAUGGGCACGCUUGGACUGAUAGCUUUCAAGAGAAUAACACGUUUUUUUUUUAAAUCCUGCAUUAUUCCCGCUCUCCUUCGACUCUGCUGUCCCAAGCCCAUCCCUGCUGGGAAGUUAAAAACACUAUCACGUCGGGAGUGCUGAGGACGAACUUCAUCAGGAAAUUCGAUUGAAGCUGGGUAUUAUGAAAGACAAAUUUGACAGCCGUUGCCAUUAUUUCCUAUUCACUCUUAAGAAGCUUGUAGCGGCGUUGGUGACUUUUGACAGAAAUUUGUAUGAGAAAAGGUCCAAAAAGCGCGCUGUUGACAAAGACCUGACACUUUUUGCCCUGAAUAGCUUGUGAAAAAGAGGAGGGAAAAUUGUCAGCGAGCCGCCGUGCACUCCACAGUUGCGCGCCACAUUGCUGUAAUCUGAUUGGCUCAGAGUUGCCUGGCGCGGAACUCAAACUUCUUUGGCCGCACGUCGGUCUUCAGUUCUCUACGAUCUUUUGUACGAACAGCAGCUCUGUAAGAAACAUGGCAUCGUUCUUCAAAAAACAUAUGAUUUAUCCAUCAAACGGCGUCCCCAAAUCCAUGGCUGAUCUUCGCAGGUAUGAGGGAUUUUUUCCUAACAUGAAUGGAGCAACGUAUGAUCCCAUUUCGCUGCUGGACGAGGAGAAGAAUCGUGACCUCGAGGAGAGUAGGUUUUCUUCUGAUUCCACAGGUGCUUCUCACGAUGAAGACAUCUUUUCCAGCACUCCGCUCACUUUUUCAAGGUAAUUCUUGUUAUCUUCAUGACGCCUGUAUUUCUCCAAAAGUAUUGCUGGAAUUGUCAAGUUUUGGCUGUAAAACCAGCUGUGUCGUAAAGAAAACAUGUGUGUUUCAAUACCCAUGGGCAAAACUGAGCGGACUUCCACGAAUUUGCGAUGACCAACUCAAAUUGUUUGAAAUUUUUCCAUCCAGUUUCUUUCCUUGUUUUCAAACAGUAAAGUUUAUUUUCUUUUUGCAGCUACAAGAUAAGAGACAAACAUCCAGAAAAAUCAAUAUAAGGUGGAAAGAGUGCUUUGCGAGAAGUUAUUUCCCCCGAGAAAAACAAAUUAGAACCAUUGUGACAAUUUGCAUUUGAAAGAAUACCUUUGAAACCGAGCAUUCUUUUUUUCUAGUGACAAUGAAGCGUAAUUAUCGCAUCAUAUGUACAACAUGAAAAGUAUUCCACUUGUUUCACCUUGUCCAGAUAUUUUUCAGAAAAAGUAGAUACAUGGAGGUUUGUUUAUUUUGCUGCAAGUUAAUCCAAUUUGUUGUUGUCAAUCAGUUUGAUUGCAAGUUUAGCCUGACACGUUUCUUUUAUCCAUUUAGUUUGUUGUCGUCAUCAUAUCCUUUAAUCUAAACCGUACUUUUGUACGUGUAUAUGAUUUUUAAUUUUGAACAAAUGUAUUUACUUUGUACCUUCAGCAGCGCUGAUGACAGCACAGGAUCGAGCCAAGCGUCCAAUGAUGUCUUCCAUGAGGGCAAAAUAUUGUUGCUACAGACGCCGACGAAGGAUCUAACGAAACGAGUGAGUCCUCGUAAACCUCUGAAGCCUAUGAAAAGCGUUAAUCACUGCGAUCCAAGUUUCAAGGGCGUUACUUUCCACAUGAAAACGAAGCUAAAGAAAGGAAAGCGCGGGUUGAAAACCCGCUCGGAAGCGCAACUGGUGAUCGAUUGCUGCUUUACGUCCAAGAAGAAACGUCGCUGCUCAAACCUCGACUUCGAGAGUUGUAAGACGUCCAGACGAAGGCUUGCUUCACCCGGACUGAAUCCGACUGUUUUUAAGCUUCAAAGUUCUCCAGAGUCGCUGUUCAACGAUAGAAGCCCGACCGAUAUGGAUUUGGGGAUGAUGACGCCCAUUCAAGUCGAGAAGGAGUGUGCGUCGUGUGGAACUUUUAAAACCCCUUUGUGGCGCGAUGCGGAAGAUGGCACUCAUUUGUGCAACGCUUGCGGAAUCAGGUACAAAAAGUACAGGAUCCGCUGCGUCCGUUGCUGGUAUAUCCCCAAGAAGGAGGAGAAAGCAUUACCUUGUUGUACUAGUUGCGGUCAUACGUACAAAAUUUCCCUUGGUCGAAAAGGAACCCAAUUUAGCAGUAGCGAGUAG